CUCGCCUGCGCCCCGCGGCGCCCCAUGGCCUCUCGAGACAGGGAUGCCAUUUCCUGGUACCAGAAGAAGAUCGGGGCCUACGACCAGCAGAUAUGGGAGAAGUCCAUCGAGCAGACCGAGAUGAAGGUAACGGCGGCGGCCGGGCGCAGCCCGGGCUCGGCUCCCCUGGCGGCUAACAGGCCUUUGUUUUCGGCUUCGCAGGGCUUCAAAAACAAGCCUAAGAAGAAGGGUCACAUUCAGCCGGACCUGAUCGACGUGGAUUUAAUCAGAGGCUCUACAUUUGCCAAAGCCAAGCCUGAAAUUCCCUGGACAUCACUAACUCGGAAGGGAAUUGUGAGAGUUGUAUUUUUUCCGUUAUUCAGCCAGUGGUGGAUACAGGUUACCUCCCAGCGUAUUUUUAUGUGGCUCCUCGUGCUCUAUGUUAUGCAAGUCAUAGCAGUUGUGUUGUAUUUCAUGAUGCCUGUUGUGAAUGCGAGUGAAGUCAUGGGACCAAUGUGCCUUAUGUUGCUGAUGGGAACUGUUCACUGUCAAAUAGUGUCCACCCAGAUCAACAAACCUUCAGGAAACAACGGACUGAGCAGGCGGAGGAGGAAGUUACGCAAAUCUGUGGGUGUCGAUGGGAACAGUUGGUCUUCUCCUGACAAAAACAGUAAAGAAGAGCAGUCUGAAUCUGCAUCCAUUCUUAACAAUUUAUUUAGUAUGCUUUUCCGAAGGAGGAUUAGAAGAGUAAAGCUGGUAGCUGAGAAAGGGACUGAGACAGAAAAUGGUGUGAAUGCUGUGAAUAAUGGCAUUAAACACAGACAUGCCAGAUCUGAAUACAGGCUGUUGCACUUCAAAGAGAAAAAUAAACUUUCCGAUGAGGAAAAGAGCCAUCAGGAUGACUGCACCAACAGAGGGGGCGUUUCUGAUGAGCUUUCGAGUGAGGAGGAUGCUGAAGCAAUGGCACAACGGAUCUUGUUACACCAGAAUGUAGAAGGGGCUUCCAGUGACAAUAGCUAUGAAGAGAAGAGGCCUCUUGUUUCUCUGAACCAGGCUGUCUCACAGGUCAAGCAAGCCCUGAAAGGUGCCAGAGACUCUGAUAGUGUCGUGGAAUCUGAACUAGAAUCUACGUUAUAUAGUCAGGACUCAAGGUCCUGCAUUAGUGUGGGAUCCCGGAGCUGUAGUGCAACCCGGAGAGACUCAGAAAGUACUCGCCAUGACUCUGAGACAGAAGACAUGCUUUGGGAUGAUCUGCUUCAUGGGCCAGAGUGUCGCUCGUCCUGCACCAGUGACAGUGAGGAAAUGACUGUAAGAGGUACCAGGCGGGAUUUGAAGGAAGACGUUUUCCAGCAGAACCAUUUGUUUUGGCUGCAGAAUACAAGUCCAGCAUCUGCAAAAGUGAGUGCACUGAUCUGGGAAGGGAAUGACUGUAAGAAGGUGGACAUGUCUGUGCUGGAGAUCAGUGGGAUUAUCAUGAGCAGGGUUAAUGCCUACCAGCAAGGAGUGGGGUAUCAAAUGCUGGGAAAUGUCAUCACCAUUGGAUUAGCGUUCCUACCAUUCCUCUACAGACUCUUUCGCACUGAUAACCUGGAGCAGCUGUGCUCCAUUUCUCUGAAGGAGCUUUUGCACAUCUUUUGUGGAGCACCUGCUAGCACCCCUGUCAUUGUUUUGUCUGCGAUCAACUUCCUUGAAAGACUUUGCUUAACCUGGAUGUUUUUCUUCAUGAUGUGUGUUGCUGAGAGGACAUACAAACAGAGGUUUUUGUUUGCCAAGCUUUUUAGUCACAUUACAUCUGCUCGGAAAGCCAGGAAAUAUGAAAUUCCUCACUUUAGACUCAAGAAGGUAGAAAACAUUAAGAUCUGGUUAUCCCUUCGUUCCUAUCUAAAGAGGCGAGGCCCCCAGCGAUCUGUGGAUGUUGUUGUAUCGUCAAUCUUUUUACUGGCUCUUUCAAUUGCUUUUAUAUGCUGUGCCCAGGUUCUUAAGGGUCACAAAACAUUUCUGAAUGCAGCUUACAACUGGGAGUUCCUGAUCUGGGAGGCAGCACUACUUCUUUUUUUACUACGUCUGGCAUCUUUGGGCUCUGAAACCAACAAGAAAUACAGUAAUAUUUCAGUCUUGCUCACUGAGCAGAUAAACUUAUACCUAAAGAUGGAGAAGAAGCCAAACAAGAAAGAACAGCUGUCUCUAGUAAACAAUGUUUUGAAACUAUCUACAAAGCUACUGAAGGAAUUAGAUACUCCAUUUAGGCUGUAUGGACUGACCAUGAAUCCACUAAUCUACAAUAUAACACGUGUUGUAAUACUCUCUGCUGUCUCAGGUGUUAUAAGUGAUCUUCUAGGAUUCAAUAUCAGAUUAUGGAAAAUUAAACCGUGAACUGACCAAACAUCAGCGCUCAGCCCUCUCUGCCAGGAAGACAGACCAGAGAAGAUAACUAAUAGCUUGGGCAAAAAGCAGAGGUGCUCUCAAACUACAGAAAACUAAUUACAAUUUUUUGAAUGGAUUCUCAGUGUACGUAUCAAAAGCCCUCCCUCUGCUUUACUGUUCUACAACAUACAGAAUAAGCUGGUCUAAUCAGUGAAGUCAUCCCAUGGCAUGCAUACACAGCAAAACAGAAUUAAUGGGGCCUACUACUUAGAAGCUGACACUGAAAAUAGAUGGAACUGUGUGGGGCAUCAAACACUGAAAGCCAUACAAGAGCUCCUACUGGAGGGACACUGGUGAUUGCUGCAGGUGCCUUGUUUCUGUAAAGCCUGAAUCCUGUGCAUGUGAGAAGUGAUGAGUCAGCCCUCCUGUUUCAGUUAGCAUCAUCCUUUUUCAGAGAGCUCUAGAGCUACACUGAAAUGUUUCAGUUUAUGCAUCUUUCUUCAGAGCUCUGCUCAGACUGGUAAUACUUAGAUGCAUUUAUCUGAAUGUGCUGAAGAGUGUUUCUUAAAAGCUCAGUGUGCUUGAGGCUUUGCCUCUUUAUCCUGAACUACUGCAGGAAGCAGUGAAAUUUGU